CCACUCCCUCCCCCCUUCUCCACCUCCCCCCUUGUCUCCUCCCCCAGAGUUGGGAGGCUGCUCUUAACGAGGAGCGCCCCCUUCCCCCCCUCCUCCUCCCCAUGAGCGGCUUCUCUGCUGGUUGUGCCUGCUGCUGCCGGCUGUUUUUCCUCCUGCCGCUGCCCGGCCUGAGAUGAGAGGACAGACGUGACGCUUCCCUUUGACAUAUAAACAAGGAUUUCUAAUCACAGUAGCAGAAAAGUUGAAUUUUGGAAACAUUCUUCUUGAGUGACAAAGUUCCUAUAUCUCAAGCUUCCAGCAUUACCAUCAUUGGGAAGAUUUGGCUACUUUGCCACGAUCCUUGCAGUCAUUCCAGGGAAUGCACCAUGACAUCAGCAGUAGUUGACAGUGGAGGUUCAGGCCUGGAAUUUGACAGCAAUGGAGUACAAAUUCAAGGCGAGGAGAAUGACCCAGUCUCUGAAUAUCCAGCAGUGAUUGUAGAGCCAGUGCCAAGUGCCAGAGUAGAACAAGGAUAUGCGGCCCAGAUCUUUGUAUAUGAUGAUGAAACAUACCUGUUACAAGAUGUUGCAGAAGAACAAGAAAUCGAGACUGAAAAUGUAAAAACAGUGGAAGCAUCAGUUCAUGGCAGCAAUGUGCACUGUUCAGACAAGACAAUUGAAGCAGCAGAAGCCUUGCUUCACAUGGAAUCUCCAACCUGCUUAAGAGAUGCUCGAACUCCUGUGGAAGUUUUUGUGCCUCCUUGUGUAUCGACUCCAGAGUUCAUUCAUGCUGCAAUGAGGCCAGAUGUGAUCACAGAGACAGUAGUAGAGGUAUCAACUGAGGAGGCUGAACCAAUGGAUACAUCUCCUAUACCAACAUCUCCAGAGAUCCAUGAGCCAAUGAAGAAAAAAAAAGCUGGCCGAAAGCCAAAAACUCAAGCACCAUCAGCCAUUUCCAGUUCAUCUCCAGACAUGGGCAUAAAGAAGAAGCCAAGAGAAGGCAAAGGAAAUACAACCUACUUGUGGGAAUUUCUUCUAGACCUGCUUCAGGAUAAAAACACUUGUCCCCGGUAUAUCAAGUGGACCCAGCGAGAGAAGGGGAUCUUUAAACUUGUGGACUCAAAAGCAGUUUCUAAACUAUGGGGGAAACACAAGAACAAGCCCGACAUGAACUAUGAAACAAUGGGGAGGGCCCUGAGAUACUACUAUCAAAGAGGAAUUCUGGCAAAGGUUGAGGGGCAGAGGCUUGUGUACCAGUUUAAAGAGAUGCCUAAAAACAUUGUGGUAAUUGAUGACAAAAGUGAAUGUGGCAAUGAAGAUUUUUCCAUACCAACAGAUGAGAAAUCGUUAGAACGAGUGUCAUUGUCUGCAGAAAAUCUCUUGAAAGCAGCAGCCUCUGCUCGCACCGGGAAAAACGCUUCUCAGUUGAACUGCACAAGGGCAGAGAAGCCGGUUACCAGAGUGGUGAAUAUCUCUUCACCCGGGCAUGAAAUGUCACCUUGUUCUCCCACUCCUGUUCCAGCAACGACUGCUCCCAGAACGGUUCGUGUGGCAAUGCAAGUGCCUGUUGUAAUGACGUCCUUAGGACAGAAAAUUUCAACUGUUGCAGUGCAGUCAGUAAAUGCAGGGUCGCCAUUAAUUACCAACACAAGCCCAACAACAGCAACAACCCCAAAGGUGGUAAUCCAGACAAUCCCUACCAUGAUGCCAGCAUCUGCUGAAAAUGGAGAGAAAAUCACAAUGCAGCCUGCAAAAAUUAUUACGAUUCCUGCUACACAACUUACACAGUGCCAGCUGCAAACAAAAAGUGGCCUACCUGGGACAGGAAGUAUCAACAUAGUUGGAACACCGUUGGCUGUGAGAGCACUCACUCCAGUAUCUCUAGCCCAUGGGACACCCGUGAUGAGACUCUCCAUGCCUCCCCAGCAGGCUGGUGGCCAUACUCCUCCCAGAGUUAUCAGUGCAGUCAUCAAAGGGCCAGAAGUCAAAGCUGAAGCAGUGGCUUUAAAGCAGGAACGGGAAGUUAAAACACUGCAGCUUGUGCAAGAAGAAACACCAGCAGAUGGAACCAAGACAGUUACUCAUGUAGUUGUUGUCAGUACACCCUCAGCCAUUGCCCUCCCUGUAACCGUGAAAACAGAGGGAAUAGUAACAUGCGAGAAAUGAAGAAAAGGCAGCUAUGAACAUUAGCUACGUAGCCCAUUGUGGAGUUGAGCAAACUGACAUAUUUAGGGAGGCAGGGAAAUGGACACAAUCAAGGCGGAAACAGAGACUUUAAAAUGUUAAUAGGUAUGCAUAUAUUUGAAUUUUACUGGAAAUGAAUUAAUGUCCCAUGUUUCAGUGGGAAUUGAACCACAGCCACACACUGACACAACUGCCUCUUGCAAAUUGAGAAAAUACUAAGCUGAUGAAAAAAGGAGAAUUCCAACUGGUGGGGGCUCCAGAAGCUCACUGCAUUAUCACGUUACACUAAUGCAUGGAACACUAAUCUGAUUCUGUGAGGGAUUCUUGGUUGCUAUGGACUGGAGGUUUAAAAGAGAGUUGUUACAAAAGACAAAUCUGAUGCAUUUAAUAUGCAUACCAGCAAUUACUACUGUGUACUCACAGUAUUCAACUGGUGCUAUGUUAAACUUUGCUACUAGGUAUUCUAGAAUGUGAAUUAAAGGAGGAUUAAAGAGCUUCUAAGAGAAGAUUGAGAGUUAGAGGGAUUUUUGUAUCAUACAGCUUAAGCAGAUUUAAAAUGAAAGCCUUAGACUGAUUUUCAGUUAUCUUUCUUGAAAUAAGCUAAUGGCUUGUUUGUGUAAAGCAUUUUUUAUUAAAACAAUUUUUUAAAAAAAUCUUAUACCUAGCACAGUAUUGUUAUAGAAUUACAUGUAACAUAUUUUGUAUGGUAGCUAAGUCUGUCAGUUUCUUACUUGUGGACAAAGUGGCGAUGGGUGGGUCAGCCUUUUUGCUGCACCAUGCCUGCAGUCAACCACUUAGCCUCGGCAUCUGUGCAUACAUUUCAGUUUCAGCUUCUACUCUGUCACUUGAAAGGUCACACUUGGCAUGAACUUGUGUCAGGUAGUUAAAAGUCUGUAAAUUUUUUUUUAGUUGAAGUUAGAGGGAAG